AUGGCCACGGCUGCCAGGGCGCAUGACGUCGAGCAUCGUGACGUCUGGGCGACGACUGCACUGGCACACGGUCGGUACAUUACAUACGUGUCGCGGUCCUCUGUCCGGCCGGCCAAUUCCAGGUGUCAUCAGGUACACGCAUGGGAGCUGGGGCCGCUGCACCUUGCCCAUCACACCAUAGCCUCCAAUCUUUUCACGAUCCUUGGCAUCCGCCCCUCGCUCUCGCCCUCGCCCUCGCUCUCGCCCUCGCCCACCGUCUCCUUUCUUCUCCCUCUUCGUCUUCUUCGCCCUCACUCACUCUAG